AUGGCGCACUGCGAGCUGGCGUCAAAGCCGCUACUACAAUGCUUGCGCCAGUCCUACAGAAAUGGGUUUGUUGCGUUACCGCUUCAGUCAGCCCGAUCUUUCGCGUCGACCUCCACCUUGUCAGAAGAAGCCCAAGCCGAUAGCUCAAAGCAGCCUUUUUACCGGGCGAUAGAUCCCGCUUUAGUAUCGAGCCCUCGUCUGGAACGAAGGCUUAUUCGAGCAGGAAAAUUCCCAAUAGGCUCCCGCCGACGAAGAGCUGCGUUGCAGGAUUCCCUAAACAUUCCUUUCGAACAGCUGCCAUACCAAUGUUUCCAGGAAGCGCGAAAGGUCCUGUUGGAGGACAGGGCAGAGAAGCUGAAGCAGAUUGAAACAGAGCGGGGAAGGCUGGAAAGGUUACGGGCGGCCAACGCCGAAGAUGUGGGCGGUGAGGCUCAGAAGCAGACGAGAAUAAAGAGCAUGGAGAAGUACCUCGAGAAGCUGAAAGUCCUUGCGGAUAUCAACGACCCUAUGAUUAAAAGAAGAUUUGAAGAUGGGCUGGGUGAUAUGUCCAAACCCAUCUACCGAUACCUGGCCGAUAAAAAAUGGAGAGAUUACCGACGAGAGAUCCUUGUACAACGAAUCACACAAAUGAAAGUAGUCCCGGACGUGCUAGCUCACGUCAACCCCGUCGUCGACGUCACUUUAUCGUUCAACAGGAAGCCCGUACAACCAGGCGAAUUUGUCAACUCUCGCGUGAGCACAGUGGCACCCACGCUCACAAUACAACCGUUUAGCAAAGGGCAAAAGCUGGUUACAAUCGCAGUUGUGAACCCCGAUGUGCCGAAUCUCGAGACAGACGGUUUUGAUUAUCGCUGCCAUUUCCUGGCCGUCAAUGUACCCAUCACACCCACGGAUAUUUCUGUUCCUCUAGGCAAACUAUCCGCGGAAUCCCAGGUUGUCCUCCCGUGGUUCCCUCCAACGGCGCUGAAGGGAAGCCCGUACCAACGACUUUCGAUUUUGAUCAUGGAACAGAAGGACCAAAAACCCCUGGACCUCAAGGCUGUUUCUGAAAAGGUCCAGAGAGAAGGUUUCCGCCUCCGUAGCCUGGAAACGAGACAUCAGCUGAAACCAAUCGGGGCCCAUUUGUUCAGGACUCAAUGGGAUGAAAAUAUGGCUGAUGUCAUGAAUGAAUUUGGAAUUGAGGGUGCGGAUAUCGAAUUGAAACGUAAGAGGAUCGAGCCAUUGCCAUACAAACGCAGGAAUCCAGCCUCUUUUAGAUGA